UGUUACUUGAGAAGAUCGACAAACUUUUCGCCUUGUAAUAUUGGAAAUUACAUCGACCUACCCCAACUAGUUGUUGUGGGGGACCAGUCAAGUGGCAAAAGCUCUGUCCUGGAGGGGCUUACUCGACUGGCAUUUCCGCGCGACAGCGGCCUGUGUACAAGAUUCGCAACUCAGAUUAUAUUUCGCCGGUCCAAAGAUAGUGAAAGAAGAAUCACGGCUUCCAUUAUUCCGGACUCCGAUGCCGAGGAUGCAUAUGCAUCGAAAUUGAAGGAUUGGAAAGGCCAAAACCUACAAUCUCUUGAUCCCGAAUCAUUUUCUGUAAUGAUGACGGAGGUUCAUACCCUUAUGGGAGUCUCUCGUUCAAAGGAUGAUGGAUUGCCUACGUUCUCUAAACACGUAUUGCGGGUGGAGAUUUGCGGUCCGGAAGAAGAUCACAUUAGUGUGAUUGAUGUUCCCGGAAUCUUUCGCAACGUAAUACCCGGAAAAUCCACGAGCGAGGACAAAACAAUGGUGCGCAACAUGAAAUCCUCGCUCUGUAUCAUUUUGACAGUGGUGCCAGCAAACGUUGAUAUAGCGACUCAAGAGAUUGUUGAGAUGGCCCACGAGCUUGAUUCUGAGGGUGAGAGAACACUUGGAGUUCUGACCAAGCCAGACUUGGUCGACAAGGGUGCAGAGGAAAAGGUCAUUGAUCUCAUUAGGGGCAAAGAUAUGCAAGUCAGGCUCGGAUGGGUGAUUGUCCGAAACCUUGGACAGAGCGAAUUACGUGGAGGCGUACAUCGAGAUGCAGCUGAAGAAGAUCACCGCACAAGGCACCCUUGGAGCGUUGUUAGCCGUGACUGUUUUGGAAUCGAUGCACUGAAGAAUCGUAUUCGGGUGAUUGUGACAGCCAAUGUGCGCCAGGCCUUUUCAUCGGUAAGAUUCGAAGUUAGUAAGAACCUCAAGGCCCGCCAAGUUGGCCUUCGGUCUCUUGGACCGGAGCGGAACACAAUGGAGCAGCAAGUGCAAUACUUGCUUGGAAUUGUUUCCUCGUUCCAGAAUCUUACCAUGCAAGCACUGGGAGCAAGCUACAGCUCGAAUGAUGCCUUUGAAAAUAGCAACGCUCUUCGACUAGCUACUGUGGUUGUUACAAGAAACGAAAGUUUCUCAGAAGAUCUAUCCCGGUGGGGCCAUUUGAUCGACUUCAACAGUGCGUUGCCCCUACAAGCCAACGCUAGCGACAUUGCUGUUAAACAUCCAAUGUCAGAGAGACAGCUCUUGUCCUCAAGAAAAGUAAAGAACAUUUCGGAAAUCCAGGAGAUUCUGCCGGAGUCAUCCGAUGUAUCCCCUCCCUUAAGUCAUGAUAUUUGCUCCUGGAUAGGCGAUGAAUACCGCCAAUCGAGAGGCUUUGAAAUUGGAACAUUCAAUCACGUUCUUCUGUCGAGCUUAAUGAAGAAGCAGUCAUUGAAAUGGAUAUCAUUGGCGAAUGGAUACAUCGGUGAUAUCAUCACCAUUGUUCAUGCCUACAUCGCCAACGGACUGAGACAAGUUUGUACUGACAGAAAGGUAUCUGAAAAUUUGCUUUCUUUUUUGAUGGACAAGCUGCUCGAGAGAUACCAAAGUGCGAUUGAGAAAGUUGAUUUUUUGCUUUUUGUUGAAAGAUCAAUAACACCAAUGACGCUAAAUCAUUACCUCAAUGAUAACCUGGAAAAAUGUCGCCAGAAACGCGCAAACUCGAUACAAGCAAAGAAAGCAUUCGACAGUCCAGAGGGGAAGGUAGUGCGUGUCAAUGAUCUGAAUCAUCACCGGAAUAUGGGUAAUGCCGAGCAUGCUGUCCAAGACCUUCAGGAUAUCCUGGAAUCGUACUACAAAAUUGCGCGCAAGAGAUUUGUUGACAAUGUUUGCAUGCAGGCAACAGGAUAUUAUCUAACGCAAGGGCCAAUUACCCCGUUGGGUCUGUUAUCGCCCUCUCUGGUCAGCAGUCUGGACAGAGAACAGCUUGAUUCGAUUGCAGGAGAAGAUUUCACAUUGAAAAGGAAACGUGACCAGCUACAUAAAGAAAUAGCCGAUCUCUCUAAUGCAAGAGAUAUUUUGUUAUGA